CUUUUUUAUUUCCAUUCAAUACUUGUAUUAUGAAUGUUCCCUUUUGAGAGAUUUCUUGUCAAUUUCCAAGCUUCAUUUUUUAAAAUUAGUAACUCAGACAAUUUUGAAAAAAAUAUAUAUUUUCUACCUUGCAAUUCUAAAAGUGACUAUUUUUAUUGACAAGCUUAUGGGUUUUGUACUUUUGGUAACCUUGCCAAGGAAUUGGAGGAAAAAGAAGAUUUAUUUUUCUCCAUUCAUUAACUUUUCUGGUGUUCUGCGUUUGUUGAUUGUGAUCAAUUCUGUUAUCUUGUUUUUGCGGAUGUUUUAGUGGUGAUCACAACAGUCUAUCGAACGAUUUGAGUCAACUCUGUCCGUGGAACAGGAGCAUCACUGUUUCUUUUCACAUCAACGUGUUUUAUUGUUUCAACUCUCGUGACAUGGUUCUGCUUACAACCAGUGUUUUCUGUCCGUCGGAUGCUGGAGUUGAAAAUGUUACCGAGGAAGAGCUGGAAGCUGAUCCUCUUACAAAUGCUGAAGAGGCUAAGGAUUCGGGAACAUCCCUUGAGGCUAUCGUGAACCUGGAAACACCCUCCACAGAAGAAGAAGCUGCAAAAUCAAAAGGUGAGAAGCCAGAGAAGGAAGAAAGCGAUGCAGAUGAGAAAACACUGAAGAAGCCGGACAAAGUGCUACCAUGCCCCCGCUGCAAUAGCAUGGACACCAAAUUCUGCUAUUACAACAACUACAACAUCAACCAGCCGCGUUAUUUCUGCAAAGCUUGUCAAAGAUACUGGACUGCAGGUGGCACCAUGAGGAAUGUUCCUGUGGGGGCAGGAAGGCGCAAGACCAAGAACUCUUCCUCACAUUAUCGCCACAUCACCAUCUCUGAGGCCCUUCAAGCAGCUAGAAUUGAUGCUUCUAAUGGAACUUAUAUUCCAACUUUGAAAAGCAAUGGUGGAGUCCUCAGCUUUGGACUAGAUGCACCUAUUUGUGAUUCCAUGGCAUCUGUCCUCAAUCUUGGAGAUAAAAAGCCUCUUAAUGGCACAAGAAAUGGCUUUGAGAAUCAAAGACUCUCAUUAACUUGCAAAAGUGGUGAAAAAGGUGAUGGCUCUUCAACAAGUACCAUGGGAGAAAGUAACAAAAGCACCUUCCAACAACAACCAGUGCUCCAAAAUCACGGUUUACUUACUCAACUUCCUUGUAUUCCUGGUGUUCCUUGGCCCCAUGCAUGGAAUUCUCCACUUCCCUCACCAGCUUUGUGUCCUUCAGGAUUACCCCUACCAUUCUAUCCUGCUACAUUUUGGAACCCUGGCAUGCCAGGGAAUUGGAAUGUUCCAUGGUUUCCCCCACAUUCACCUGCUUCAAACCCAAACUCUCCAAACUCUGGUCCAAACUCUCCAACUUUAGGGAAGCACUCUAGGGAGGGUGACAUGAUUAAGCAAGACUCUUUGCAGAAAGAAGAGACUUCAAAACCAAGAAACGGGUCGGUUUUGGUUCCCAAAACCUUAAGAAUUGAUGAUCCAAGUGAUGCUGCAAAGAGUUCAAUAUGGGAAACUCUAGGAAUUAAGAAUGAGUCGGUGAGUGGAGGAAGUAUGUUUAAGGCCUUCCAACCAAAGAAGGAUGAAAAGAAUCAUGUUGAAGCCUCUCCAGUGCUGAUGGCUAACCCUGCAGCUUUGUCUAGAUCACUUAAUUUUCAUGAGAACUCAUGAGUUAGUGUCUCUGUUGAAAAGUUCUUACAGCAACAAGGUUAAUAACUUAUUGUCUAGCUAGCAAGAGAUGGUGUUGGAGGAAGCGAAAGGGUGGUAUAGUCUAUGAUUUCUUCAACACAAAUAGAAAGACCAGGACUAAUUUUGUCUUUAUUUUCAUUUGAUACCGUGAAUAGAAUAUAUAGGUUCUUUUUCAUAUGCUUUGUUUGUUGAGUUCGAGUUCAUGUACAUGUAUAAAAAUACAUGUGAAAUAGUGGUUUUUAACCUAUAUAUAGAUGCAAAAAGAUCUUUUAUUUUGUUUUAAAA